UAAAAACGGGGCAGGUGAGAGUGAAGGAAGAGCAGAUCCUGCAGUCCACCUACAGUCUCACCUGACCCUUCCAUAACAGUAAGUCUGAAGAUGAUCAAAGCGGCAUUGACAGUGCUCUUGAUCCUGGUGGCCAUGUCUUCCACCUUUGGGAAAUACAGCCCGAAAACAGGCAGGAGGAGUGUUCAGACUCUGUCCAGAGGUUGGGGUGAUCAGCUAAUCUGGGCUCAGACUUACGAGGAGGCUCUCUACUGGUCCAGGUCAAGAAACAAGCCUCUGAUGGUCCUCUUUCACCUUGACGAUUGCCCACACAGCCAAGCACUGAAGAAGGUUUUCUCUGAGGACGUCGAGCUCCAGAGAACGCUUGAUGAGGACUUUAUCAUCCUCAAUCUUGUGUAUGAAACCACAGACAAAAAUCUCUCUCCUGAUGGAAAGUAUGUUCCCAGAAUCAUUUUUGUCGACCCCACAAUGACGGUGAGGGCCGAGAUCAAUGGUCGCUACUCCAACCGCAUGUAUACCUAUGAACCGACUGACCUCAAACUCUUGAAGAGCAACAUGCAGAAAGCCAAGAAGCUCCUGAAGUCUGAGCUGUGAGCAUGAUGACGAGGCAUGCUUGACUUGUGGCUGCCAGAGUUAUUUGUCACCACAGUUGGCAAUAACAUGUUGUCACUACAGUUUACACAUGGAAGGCUAAGCACUGGAAAGUUCCCUUUCCUUACCUUCACUCGGAAUGUUUCCUCCUUAAAUUCUCUUCCUAAGUCUUACCCUUGUUAUUACUGCUGUGCAUCCCGAAUGUCUUUUGAAUAAAUAUGAAACUGUUAACAUACAA